AAAUACUACGUAAGAAAAUAAAGAUUUAAAAAAAAACCCACGUUAUAAGUUUUCACCUCAAUUUUAACCCUCAUAGAGUUAUAUCAACAGAAAGUAACGAACAGGAUGUCAGUUCGCCUAUAAUUACACGGAAAUACAUGUAAAGUGAAAAUAUAGAUGAGUAUACAUCUAUAACCUGUGUUAUAGUCUGAAAUAAAUAGUUUUAAGGAAUACAAGUGAAAAUGUGGUAUUUAGUACUGUUAGUUAUAUUGUCAUUAAUAGCCUAUUUUAUCACUGAUGAACUUAUAUUAAAACUUUUGAAUUUAUUCGUGAAAGCCGGUUUAUACGGAAUCGACUUGUGCAAAACUGAAAAAAAGAAAAUCCCAGAAGCAAUAGGAGUUGUAUCAGGAUGUGUUUUUUUGGUAGUAAGCUUUUUAUUUAUUCCAAUAAUUUUUGGGAAUAGUUUAAUGGACACUCAGAAUUUUCCCCACAAUGAGUUUGCAGAGUUUUUAGCUGCCUUGUUAUCAAUAUGCUGCAUGUUACUAUUGGGCUUUGCUGAUGAUGUCUUGGACUUGAGGUGGAGGUACAAAUUGCUACUUCCCACAGUGGCAUCAUUGCCACUCCUAGUAGUAUACUAUGUGAACUUUAAUUCUACAACAUUUAUUGUACCCAUACCAUUAAGGCAAUGGUUCGGCAUAUCCAUCAAUAUCGGAUUACUCUAUUAUAUAUACAUGGGAAUGUUAGCGGUUUUCUGCACAAAUGCAAUUAAUAUUUUGGCCGGUAUAAAUGGUCUUGAAGUAGGCCAAUCUGUCAUUAUUGCACUAUCUAUUAUAAUUUUUGACAUUAUUGAAUUAAGAGGAGAUCAAUACAAAGCACAUGCUUUUUCACUUCAAAUUAUGAUACCUUAUCUUGCUACUACUUUGGCAUUGAUGAAGCAUAAUUGGUACCCAUCCAAGGUGUUUGUUGGAGACACAUUUUGCUACGUAUCCGGGAUGACCUUUGCGGUUGUUGGUAUUCUAAGUCAUUUCAGCAAAACGGUUCUUCUUUUCUUUUUGCCCCAAAUUAUAAAUUUUAUUUAUUCUGUGCCUCAAUUAUUCCAUUUUGUACCCUGUCCACGACACAGGCUACCCAAGUAUAGUGGGGAAACGGAUUUGCUUGAAGCAAGUAGAACUAUCAUUAUUAAAAAGGACAUGAAUUCUUUGACUAAAAUCAUAGUUCAUGUUUGCACAUUACUACGUGUAAUUGAUAAAAAAGAAGACAAUGAAAGUAUAGUUAUAAAUAAUAUGACAUUGAUAAACUUGUUUUUGAUCAAAUUUGGGCCAAUGUCAGAGUUAUCACUUACAAUUAGACUCUUGAUAUUUCAAAUCAUAUGUAGCGGUAUAGCUUUUAUUAUAAGGUACCCUUUGGCGUCAUACUUUUAUGAUGGCUAGAACUGUCCUAUAUGCGUAUGAAAAAUAAAUCAUAUAUUACCAAA